UGUCGGGCUGGCGAGUCCUACUCCUGCGACACACACACACACACACAGUAAUAUUACCUAUAACCGCUCGAGCGAGUCAUCGAGUCGCGUCCGACACGGCGGCACAGUCGUCAGCGGCCGUUAUCACCGUCGUCGUCGUCGUCGUCAGCGAAAGCAACAGCAACAGCAACCGAUCGCGCGCCGUCGGCUGCCACGUUUCGACUGGGUAACGCGCGCGCACACGCGGUCGGCCGCGGAUAUCCGUCUCGUUCGGUCGUCCACACUCUGUACAGAGCCGCUGGACGUGUCGUGUGCCGUUUCUCGACGCCACCGCCCGCCAGCCACCAACGAUACUCGGCGGACGGGCCUUGUGCAUCGCGCGAAGACGACGUCCUCGCCGCCGCCGGCAACCCGCACGAACGUCGUGUUUUUGGCGAGUCGCAGUCGUGCCGCAAACAUGAACGGUUCAAAAAUGUUUGCUCUAAUUUUAGUUGUGUUGGCAAUCAACACAGUAUCAAUUCAAGCAUGGGAUUCUGAUCAAAUGGAAGUUUUUGAUCUGGUUGAAGAAAUGAAUAAUAUAAAUUUUUAUAAAUUUUUAGAAGUACCUGAAGAUGCUAAUUCAUCAGCAAUACGACAUGCAUUUAGAAGGAUGUCGUUGAUAUUACAUCCUGAUAAAAAUAACUCUCCAGAUGCAGAAGCCAGAUUCAGAGAAUUAGCUUCAAUUCAUGAUGUUUUACGGGAUCCUGUAAAACGUGGUCAUUAUGACAAAGUUUUAAGUGAAGGGUUACCGGAUUGGCAUCAUGCUGUUUACUACUACAGAAGAGUUAGAAGGAUGGGUUUCCUAGAAAUGAUUGUUAUUCUCUUUUCAAUUAUAAGUGUUGGACAAUAUCUUGUGGCUUGGGGAUCAUAUAUAGAAAAUAAAUUCACUGUAGAAGAGUUAUUAAGUUCAAAAAUUAAAAAAAUUCGAAAACAAAAGAAAUAUCGAGGUGAUUCAACAUUACCACCGGAAUUUGAUGUCAACAUUCCAAAACCUAGCUUAAAAAAUACACUUCCCUGUCAAUUACCUUAUUGGUUAUGGAUAUUCAUCUUAAAAUCACCUUCACUUACAACCGCAGCAAUAUCAUUUUUAGUCACAAAAUUCAAAGAAAGACAAAAUAACCAAAAAAAAGUGGAAUUUGAAAAACCAGAACCAGUUAUUCGUGAAAGAAUAAGACGUCGUAAAACACCAUAUAAAAUACCAGAAAUUAAUGAUUAUAAUAACACUAAUGGAGAUUCGCAUGAAAAAGUUAAUACUGAAAAAAAUGAUGCACCAGCAGUUGCUGGUGGUUUGUGGACCGAUGAAGAUUUAUACGAAUUGUCUCAGAUGGUAAAUAAAUUUCCUCCUGGUACAUCAGAUAGGUGGCAAAAGGUUGGCAAAGCAAUGCAACGUCCUGUUCCUGAAGUUGCAUAUAUGGCCAAUAAAAUGAAACAAAAUGGAUAUAAGGUGCCAACUCCUGGAGAGACAAUCGAAUCAGUUACUACUGAAGAACCGAAGAAAGUUAAAACAAGAGCGAUAGAAAAUGUUGAAUCGAGUGAUAAUUCAUGGACUCAGAUUCAACAGAAAACAUUGGAAAAUGCUCUCGUUAAGUUUCCUAAAGGGUCUACUGAAAAUCGUUGGGAAAAAAUAUCUAAAUGUGUACCAAAUAAAACUAAAGAAGAAUGUAUGGCAAGAUAUAAAGAAUUAAGUAAGCAAGUGAAAAAGAAAAAAGAUUCAAUUGAUGAUGGUAUAGAAAAUGCCGAAAACAAUACUAAUGAAUCAUGAAUUAUGAAUAACGUGUUUCUAUAUACCUUGCUUUUAUGUCCCCUGUUUCUUCUUAAGUCUGAUUUGGUUGUGAUUAUUUAAGCUCAUUUUAUAAUUGACAUAACAUCAGUGUGUGUUUAUAGCCAAUUGAAAUGUAAAUCCAUGUACUAAAUUAAUAACCCUAAACGCUUCAGAUGACUAUUGUCAGUCUUACAAAAAAACUAUUGAACCCAAUUAAGAUAUAAUUUAUGAUAAUUACCCUAUUAUAUUUUAACUAUUUUAUUCAUUAAAUAAAUUGUAUGUUAUUAUACCUUUUUAAAAUUAAUAUACCGUGUAUAUAUAUAAAAUGUGCUAAAUCUGUUUAUUCUGUAAAAGUCUUCAAUAAUGACUUGGGUAUUCUAUCAUUUAUUUCAUUUGGCUUAUUGUUGUUUUAAUAUUUUCUUUUGUUAUCCUAUUGAAGUUAAUUCCUUCUAUGUUAUUACAUUAUUAAUGAGUAUAAAAUUGUAUUAGUAAAAAUAUAACCUACUUUUUUGAUGUGUAAUUCAAGUUACAUCUAUUUUUUUUUUUUUUGCUUAAUAAUUAUAAAAUGUAUAAUUCUUAAGUCACAGAAUUUAAGAGAUAUUUUCCCAGUGGUAUAAAUAUUUCAAUGUACCUUAAUCAAUAAACAUUAGAUUUAAUAUUAUA